ACGCUCCAGGGCGGUGUUCUCACGUUUCCGAAAAAAAAAAGAAAGAAAGGAGGGAAAAAAGCAAAUACUGCUGUGUUACUACAUCUGGAAUACAGAGACGCGUGCUUUGAGAAUCUAUAGUGGGAUCCCAUAGUAAAGGCAACCCAGUGUUUUCUUCCUGCUCUCUUUCGCUUUUCAAGGAUUUUUCCCCUCUCUCCCUCACCUACGAACCUCAAAAUGCUGGCCAUUCUGUUCGCAACGAUAGUCUUGCAUCUGACCGACCUUAUCAUUCUCUUCGUUUCCACAUGUACUAAUGCCUGGAGAACGCAUGGAGUUACGAGUUAUGACCUCUGGUAUGACUGCACACAAAGUAAUGGAGGAUAUCACUGCCGUGGGACUAGUGAUGCUGACUGGCUUCAAGCAGUUCAAGCCCUCAUGGUCCUAGCCACCAUUUUCAGCCUGAUCUCAUUCAUCAUCUUCCUCUGCCAGCUCUUCACUCUUGUAAAGGGAGGUCGCUUCUUUUUCACGGCCGUCUUCCAGGUCCUUGCCAGUCUGUUUGUGAUGAGCGCGGCCAUCAUCUACACGGUGAUGAGUCCAGAGUGGAAAAAUGAGAGUGAUGGUUAUGGAUAUGCCUUCGUCCUGGCCUGGCUGGCUUUCCCUCUCACACUCAUCAGUGGCUUCAUUUACAUUGUCCUGAGGAAGAAAGAAUGAGUGUUCAGCCCUCAGGGAUUGUUGUAGAACUGAGAACACUACUCAGAUGACAGACUCUAACCUAACGGCCGUCUCCUCCAAGCCUGAAUAUUUAGACCUAAUGUGAUCAAAGAAACUGACAAUUCAUGAAGAUUGAAUACAGCAAAGACAGUGUGCAUGAC